UGGGCGAAGAAAUAUGGGAAACAGAUCAAUCAGCCCUUCUCUGGCCCUCUGUCGUUCGCCCACCUUCCCUAUGAACGGUGUCUUGAUGAUGAUGAAUCGAAAACUCCCUUCGAUAUCGCUAUCUUCGGCAUGCCGUUUGAUACUGGCGUUACUUAUCGUCCUGGAGCGCGCUUCGGUCCAUAUGCGAUUCGUUCAGGUGCUCGUCGGCAUCGUGAGACUCGCACUUAUACACUGUUCUGGGGUGUCGACCCCUAUCAGCUGGGUUCCAAGGUCAUUGACUGCGGUGAUGUUCCGGUAUCGCCUUUUGAUAAUGCUCUGGCUGUCGACCAAAUGGAAGUUGCGUAUUCAACACUGUUGGCUCGUCCGGUCGCGAACACGUCUGCGUCCGGAAGUUACAAGACACAAUCGUUGGCUCUCGAUGGCAAAGCACACCCGCGAAUAAUCAGUUUAGGAGGCGACCAUACUAUAGUCCUACCCAUUCUCCGCUCCUUGCACAAAGUCUACGGACCCAUCUCCGUCAUCCACUUUGAUGCACAUCUCGACACAUGGGCUACCUAUCCUGGCUCGAUUACCGAGCAAUCUCGUGUCACUCAUGGAACGUUCUUCUUCACUGCUGCAAAUGAAGGUCUCAUGAGCUCGCGCUGCGUACACGCCGGUAUUCGAUGCAAGAUGGGCGGUCCUGCAGACAUCGAGAGCGACGACGCUGUUGGCUUCCAGCUCAUCUCGACAGAUGACAUUGAUGAUCUCGGCAUACCCGAAAUCAUACGGCGAAUUCGUACGCGAGUUGGAGAUACGCCAGUGUAUUUGAGUUUAGAUAUCGACGUCCUGGAUCCAGGCAUUGCGCCUGCAACCGGGACACCUGAAGCCGGUGGCUGGACCAUGCGUGAAGUAAAGCGCAUCAUCCGAGGACUUGCAGGCCUCAACUUCGUAGGCGCAGACGUCGUCGAAGUAUCACCGAGCUACGAUCACGCUGAAAUUACUGGCAUCGCAGCGGCCGACAUCGUUCAUGACCUCCUCACGAUGAUGCUCACGGAUGCUCCUCCGAGCACAGGCACCAAGAGACAUGCAACCUCUGCGUCGAUAAAGGACGAGCUUUAG